GUGGGUGGUGUGUUUGCCUCUAUUAUUUAUCAAAUAAAAUACAAUAUUAUUAUUACUAAUAUUAUUAUUGUAUGAUAAUAAUUGGUGUAAUAUUUGUAUGUGCUAUGAUUAGAAAAAGUCCACCUUUAUAAAGAAAUGUAAGAAUACAUAUUCUCUCUUUUUAAUUUGGGGUUGGGUUGGGGUUUUCCAAAAUGAAUGAGCGAUUGGAGUGCACUCCAUCGCUUAGAUACAAACUUAAACACACAAUUUGUUCGUGUUUCAAGCACCACCCGGCCGACUACGACCACCUACACGAUGAAUCCCAAUCUCCACCCACCUCACACCACCGCCUUACCCGAACCUCCUCCGCGGGUGGAAUGACAUCCUCCAAAUCCGAGGAGUUCCUCAACUUAAAACAUAAAUGUCGUACCCUUAUGAGCCGCAUGGGGAACACCACCCCACGCGGUGGUAAUAAAUAUCAUAGGAAAUCUCAAUCAACGGAUUUUCGUUACGACCCUCUUAGCUACGCUCUCAAUUUUGAAGACGAUGAUGCUCUUAUGGAUGCUUACCCGUAUUUAAACUUCUCCGCCCGGCUACCUCGAUCGCCGCCUCGGGGUCCUUUGUCGGUUGUACCUCCCUCUAGGUCCAUUUCCGAUGGGGCACUCGAUAAGGCGGCCACGUCAUCGUCUUCUCAUGAUGAUGAAACAUCUGCAUCGCCCCCUCAUCAUGACUUCUCCUCCGUUGAUGCUGAUCACUGCAUACAGUUAAUUUUAUGAUUCUUUUUUUUAUAAAUUUUAAUUAUCAUAUGAUAUUUAAUUUGUUGAUAGGAAGGGAAGGCCGGUGUUAUUUAUAUUGGUUUUAGAUUAAGAGAGGAUAAACUUAAUGAAUUGUAUUUGCAAUUUUGCAUGGAUUGUUUUGUCAUGUUGAUCGAUGAUGUUGUGAACAAGGUUAUGAGGUUGGAAUAUUAGGCCAUUUUUAACUUGUUUCUA